CAAAAACACAGCUGUUCAAUGUUUACCAACAACUAUAGACAAAAUACUGACAAGUGUAGGGAUUUCAACUUUCCUAAUAUGGCAUCGCUUGUGGUCACCUUGACAACGAGUUUUGACAUGUCAACAAACAGACGUCAAAAAAUGGACAAUUUAUUACACAGAUUAAUUACAGAGAAAGUUAAUAACACAAUUGACGUUCCACUCUCCAAAUUAAUUAAUGAAAGUGAAUCACCCGAUGUAGCGGAAAUCAUUAAAAAACUAGAUUUACAAUCAAUUGAAGACGAUAUUUUGAAGAGUGCAAAAAGACACCGCAAUGUCGAGUCUUGGAGAGUUGACCUCACCCAAAACGAUUAUUGUACGAUAAUUGAAGGCCUCAACAGUAAUUCAACCUUAAAGAAACUAAAUGUGCUCGACACACUCCUAAAUGUCGAUAUAGACACCAAACAAAUUUUCUGGGAAGAGUUAUCGCAAAGUUUACGGAAAUGUUUUGUAAGCGCUAAUUACAACAUUUUUUUACGCACUCUUAAAAUCCAUCACCGUCUUUCAAACACCUCAUGCGACAGCUACUUGAAUCUUCUCAGAGGCACUUUCUUGCUUUUAAACAGUCGUUAUUUUAUCGAUUUCAAUAAAAUAAGGAUUUUACAAAGUCUAAAAGUUGUUUUGGACUCACAAAAAGCCGUUAUGAAAUUUUUAUUGCAUGCUAAUCACAGUGUUAUUGAUGAAAUUACUCUUGCUUUUAUCGGUGUUCUCACCUACAAAACAGUUUUUGAUUGGUUUGGAGUUUUAGACCCGGAAUCAAAUUGGAUCCGCGUUUUUUGUUACGGUGCUGAUAUUCGCAAUAUUUUUUUCAAUAAUUUAAAGGAGAAGAAAUCCAAUUUUAUCAAAAAUGUUACGACGACAUUUUUGCAAAAGAUUAACAGUAACGAGGAAGAAUGGGAAAUUCACUAUGGACACUUUUUACUUUAUUUUUGGCGAUACAAUAACAAUACAAAGUUCUUUCCAGAAGAAGGUUUUAUCGAUGGGGGCUUUAAGGCAAUAAUUUCCAAAUUAAGUCAAGGAAAAAGAACUGAAUUGACUCAACUCUUUAUUGAUUUAUUUACAUACAACCCUCUAAUUCUUACCCCCAAGUUAUUAGAUGUCUUGGUUGCGCCUUUAAGUGACACAAAUCGAAACAAUGUCCGAAAUGUAGUAGAAACGAAUAAAUUUAUUUUUACAAUAAUUAAUAAUAUAGCAAAAUCGGGGAAUUACCGGGUUUUAUUCGGAGUUUCCGGUACACUACGUAAAGCUAGACAGCGACAAGUAAUCCGAAAUGUCACAAAUCUUGCUCAAAAAAUCACCGAUUUAACCGUUUUAUUUCUCAAAAUGUAUGUAAACACAAAUGAAUUAAAUCAGGAUUUGGGUACCAUUGAAAUUUUAUUGCACUCUUGUCUUUGUAUUUACGAAAGUCACCCCUUGGCUCUUCUUCACGGAAAUCCGGCUAAACUUCUUCAAAAUAUGAAUGAAUUUUAUCAAAUAAAUCACACGACUCAAAUCAGGGGAACUUUUCUUGCCUUGUUUAAUUUUUUUUGCACAAAUUUCCGACGAACAAUGAAGAUUUUUGCUUGGGAUAAUAAGAUUUUCACGGAUUUAUUUAGUUGUGCCCCAGUUGAGAAUUUGAAAACGGUUAUAAACCGUCUCGGGAGUGACAAAUUAGGUUUUGAAUUUUUAAAAACACACGAAAGGCAAAUUAUUGAUCCUUACCUUGAAGAAAUUUGGAUUUCUGACGAAACUGUUAACUCAAACUCCACCAACAAAUUCGUGUUGUUUCUUUUCCUUGUUAAAUUAACCACAAGAAGCGUCGUCGCGUUGUUCGCCGACAAUGACAGUGACUCUGAAAGUGAGGAUAAGAGUAUUACCCUGUCUGAACUAAUACAGAAAAGUUUAAACGAGUCCAUUGAGCCACAUGAGGAGUAUUUGGGAUUGUUAACAAUGAAAGUAUUAAUUACAAAUUUAGAUCUGUUGCUCUACUUACAAACUAAUUAUCAAAUACAAAAAAAAUUGGAGGAAAUUGCAAGAUGUAGUAACAUUAUCGAUGCAGAGAGUUGCUUGAGGAAUAAUAUUUUAGUUUCGAUGACACACGUAGGGUUCGUAAACAAGACAGUUAACGAAGAAACCGAAUUUGGUGUACCAGUUUUCGAAAUUCCAGAGCAGGAAAAAAGCGGGGAAAAUGAAUUUAGGGCAUUUUUGGAGCAGGAAACAAACGGGAAUUUUAGCUGGUUGUCGCAGGCGAGGAGGUCCUUCAAGAAUUCGUUGAAUAUUUUUGAUCCAUCCCUCUUGGCCAUUUUAUUAGAAAAAAUUCCCAAAACUUACGUUUACAGAAAAGUCGAAUUACAAUGGCCCCCUUCGGACUCUGUCUACUACCAGUUACACCCCGAGGACUUUUAUGGUGUCUCUUUAAUAAUCGAUUACGGACUAAAAACUGGACUACUAAAGCCACUCCAAGAGAAGGAACACCCCGAAAAGUUAAUUUUUCUUAUAAAACAAUCGCGAGCUUUUAUUGGGCACCAACCGGAAAAUUUCACGAAUUUUGAUUGGUUCGUUGGAAUAAUUUUUCUAAUGUGUUCCGGGAAUUUGGACCAGUGCAAAUCCAUUUUAAUUCAUUUUACAAACACGCAAGUGACGUCACUGAUUUGGACCACUUUUGGCAAAGAGUUUGAUGAGAUGUUACAAGAGGGUUUCCAUCAACAUUUUGCAGUUGUUUUAGAAGAGAACUGUUCUUGUUACCAAGCUUUGAAGAUUUUAGGAAUUGGUCCUGAAAUCCUGGUCCAGUCGUGGCUCAAUCAGUGCUUCUUCAAUUUCCUUCGUUUUGGAGAAAUUUGCAAUUUCCUAGCAUUCUCUGUUUUGUACCCCGUUGAGUGUCUUUUGUACUACUUUGUUGCUAUCUUCCGACAUUUGAAUGACCGGAUUUGUACAAUCACACAUUCACCUCAACUGCGAGAGAUAUUCGACAUGUGCGACAUGAGCGAGUUUUGUUUAAGCGACCAUAUGCCCCUAAUCGAGAAACUUACUAAACGUUACCGCAAUAUGCACAAGUUAUAAUACAGCAAUUUUGACAAAAAUGUGUAUUUUUAUCCUUUCUAUAUACAUUUGAACAAA